AUGCGCGCUCUUCGCCGCUCCGUCUUCCGCGGCGUCGCCGGUCUCCGCAUGGCGUCAUCAGCAUUGAGUGAGAUGAAGGAGCAGAUGCAGAAGCGCCAUAGCGAAGAGCAGCAGAAGAUCAACGACCUCAGGAAGAAGCACGGCCAUGAGAAGCUGUGCGACGCCACCAUUGAUGCGGUGUACGGCGGCAUGCGCGGCAUCACCGGCCUCGUGUACGAGCCAUCACUGCUGGACUCGGCAGAGGGCAUCCGCUUCCGCGGCUUCACGAUCUUGGAGUGCCAGGAGAAGCUGCCCAAGGCACCGGGCGGCAAGGAGCCGCUGCCGGAGGCGAUGUUCUGGCUGCUGAUGACCGGCGAGGUGCCGACGGAGGAGCAGGCAAAGGGCCUGAACGAGGAGCUGCACCGCCGCGCCGACCCCGAGGCGAUUGCCGCGGCGCAGAAGGCGAUCGCGGCGCUGCCGAAGAGCACGCACCCGAUGACGGCGUUCAGUGUGGGCGUGCUUGCGCUGCAGACCUACUCGAAGUUUGCUGCGGCUUACGCGGCGGGCAAGUCGAACAAGAAGACGUACUGGGAGUACGCCCUGGAGGACUCGCUGGACAUGCUGGGGCGCACGCCGGCGGUGGCGGCGAUGAUCUACAACCGCGAGACCAAGGGCCAGGUGGAGUUGGCGGCACCGAGCAACAGCAGCCUGGACUGGGCGGCGAAUUUUGCGAACAUGUUGGGCUUCAAGGACGAGGAGUUCCGGGAGUGCAUGCGGCUGUACCUCUCUCUCCACGCUGACCACGAGGGGGGAAACGUGUCUGCACACACGACGACGCUGGUUGCCUCGGCUCUGAGCGACCCCUACCUCGCCUUCAGCGCUGGCCUGAACGGGCUUGCUGGCCCGCUGCAUGGGCUGGCGAACCAGGAGGUGCUGAAUUACUUGUUCAGCAUGCAGGAGCGUGUAAAGGCAGACGGCGUGAACGUGCAUGAUGAGGCAGCGCUGGAGGAGGCGUUGACCAAGUACACGUGGGAGCUGCUCAAGUCCGGCCAGGUGGUGCCCGGCUACGGCCACGCGGUGCUGCGCAAGGUGGACCCGCGCUACACAUCCCAGCGCAACUUCUGCCUGCGCCACAACUUCGAGGACGAGCUAUUCAAGCUCGUCAACACCAUCUACAAGAUCAUGCCCGGCAUCCUGACGGAGCACGGCAAGACCAAGAACCCCUACCCCAACGUCGACGCGCACUCCGGCGUGCUACUGCAGCACUACGGACUGACGGAGCAGAACUACUACACGGUGCUGUUCGGCCUGUCGCGCCAGAUGGGCGUCCUGACCGGUGUCGUCUGGGACCGCCUGCAGGGCCGCCCGCUCGAGCGCCCGAAGUCGAUCACGACGGAGAUGCUCGCAAAGAAAUACCUGUGCAACUCCUUGUGA